AUGUCAACAAAUUCACCACAAAGAAACUGCAACACAGCCAUCAAAAACUAUAUCUCAAAUAUUAUCCGCAGCAACAAGAAGGCUUCAUUAGCUGAUUUUAUUGAGGAUAACCUAGAGUUUAUUGUUGCAAAUACAAAAAAUAGCGAAGAUUACAAGAACAGUUGGAUCUCGCGAUUCAAUAGGGCUGCUAAGGAUUUUGAAGCAUUUCUGUAUGAAGAACCACCAAAUUGGAUACAAGUAGAGAAAGCUCUCACCGAGCGUGCUAUCACCUUACCGCCAUCACAACCAACCCCUACUACCCCUACAGACAGCUCUGAACAAGCUAAAAAGUUAAAUGCUGAUGACAAAAAAAGAAUCGCUGCAGUUUAUGAUAAAAUGAUAGAAAGCAACAUGUGGAGACUUGAAACCGGAAAAUAUGUUGAGAAAGAGAUGAAAGUAGUAGCUUUGGAACAAGAGUACGAGCACCCUGCACAUUCGGUCAUAAUGGGCCCCACCGACCCUAUUUGGGAAAAACGGUUCAAUGCAGAGGAACUCUACGAGUUGCGGAAUUACACAGUACCAGUAAUUCCUGAAUUACCAGCACCACUUGAACAGUUUGUGGAGUCUUUCGAAGGCAAAUUUUCGAUAUCAUCCAGUUCAUGA